UCUGAAGACGACAGCUGUCCAGUUCGUAGUUCGUACCAUUGAUAUUCUUCUGGCGGGAAAGAUUUUGACGGAGAAGAAGAGUUUGGUUUGAAGAAGUAAAAUGGGCUAUGGAUUCUUCUUCCGAACGAUUCCAUUUUCUCCUUCUUCACUUUGAUAUUCGGCUUUUGCUCCAUAAUUCCAACGUAUAAACUUCUCCUUUCACUUCCUCUGCACUUGACUCAAAGAAGUCGAACAGGUUAAGAUAGAAUGAAGCGAAGCGAUCGCGCGGCCUCCGGGAGGUCAGAAGCGAAGAAGGCAAAGGAAGUUUCCCUAAUUUCUACGGAAGAGUUGUGUUUACCAUUUGAAGAACCGGAGAAAGAGAGGUGUGAUCGUUCAGUGGAUUCGAUCAGUAAGCUGCCGCAAGAUAUUCUUGUUUUCGUCCUUUCUCUUCUACCACUGAAAGAAGCAGCGAGGACCAGUACUUUGUCACAUAAGUGGAGAUGCUUGUGGUCUUAUAUCCCUUGUCUGAAUUUUGAUGCUCAGAAGAAGUUACUUGAUCUGCAAUUUACAGACGAGAACUUGAAAAGUGAGAGACAACAGUUCGUAAAAUGGGUGAAUCGCGUCGUUGAUUCGUACAAGGGUGCUAAUUUAGAAACAUUAAGAAUUCGGUUUAAUUUGGAUUCAAGUUUUCAAUGUGAUAUUGAUAGAUGGGUCCAAUUUGCAAUGCGGUGGAACCUCAAGAUGUUUGAGUUGGACUUAUCGGAUAGUUAUGGUUCUGGAAUUUAUAGUCCUUGCUCUUUUCCACAAUUAUCUGAUGGACCAGAGGAGAACUUCCCAAGAGUUAUGUUUUCUAAUUCUAGUUCUCUUACAACCCUGAAGUUGAUAGCUGUUAAUGUGGGUGGAGAAGCUCUGGAGUGCUUUUUAACUAACUGCCCUCUUCUUGAAAUAUUGGUCGUCGAGUAUUCUCAUUGUCUUGUGAGUCUUAGAGUUGUUGGUGCAUCACUUAAAUUAAGGCAGUUAGAAGUAUGCAUGUGCAACUACCUGGAGAGUUUAGAAGUUUCUGCUCCAAAUCUUGAAUCUUUUAAAUACGUUGGACCCUGGUUAAGCAUGCCUCUAAAGAACACGCCCAAGCUCCUUGAGACAUAUUUUGGAAGCGAGUUUGGUUUAGAGAUAAUCGACAACUUUUUUCUGCUCUCGAGCUACUCUUCACAACUGCAGAAACUUAUUUUGGACCUUGAGGUUGACUUCAUGGAAAACCAAGGAUCUCGCGAAUGGCCUAUUCUACCAAAUCUAAAGGAACUGAAGUUAAUAGUGAUAGCUGAAGGUCAUUCUUCCCUUAUUGGCUUCACAUCCCUGAUAAAAGCAUCUCCUUCCUUGCUGAAGUUCACACUUAAGUUGGACUAUCUCGAUAUGUUUGAACAGCGAGCACUACGCAAGGUGAAAAGAUUCCCUCAUCAACAGAUCAAAGUGGUAGAAUUGGCUGGCUUUGUUGGGAAACCAAUUGAUAUGGAGCUUGUCCAGUAUUUCCACAAGAAUGCCGUCGCACUUGAGGAGAUUAUCUUUGAUACGCGCAAGCCAAAAUAUAUGGGAACUAUAUUUGAAAAGAAACAAAAUGCUGAGACUAUAGCAGGUAGAGAGUGUGCAAACGGUCUUCGAUCGAAACUUUUCUCAGGAGUGAAGGUAACAAUCAUUUAGGUUUGGAAUCAAAAUUCUUCGAUGGUAUCGGUGUGUAUAUAGAACUAUCUUUUUGGCACGGCUGAAGUUUCUUUUGGAGGAAGUUAGUAUAUUAAACAGUAUGGAAAGCUCAGCCUGCAGUCUAUUUUUGUUAUGUGCAUCCAAAGAAGUUGGCAAUGGGACACUCUUCUAACAAAUAAUUUGGCCGUUCGAUUCUAUACUUUUCAUCUACCGGCUUGUCAUUGUAGUUUAUUGAACCUCUUUCAAAUCAAACCUAUUUUGAAAUGGAUAGAAAUAUGCUUCAACAUAGUGAAAUUAUCCUCAAUUGUACUUA